CCCACUCGAUUUGGGUGUAGUAACUCUCUACCGGACAGCGUCGUCCACUAUUGUUGGGUACCGGAAUAGAUAAGCAGACAGCUGAUCAUUGUUGAACGUUUUGCAUUCCACCUUCACCCUCUCCCGCUCCUGCCACACAAAAUGCGAUGUGAUGUGACGCAACAGGUAGCCGAGUACAGCAGUACAGCCCAAAGAAGAUGUACUAUAUAGUAGCUAGUGCCGACCGAGAUUGGUGGAGACGGCGCAGUUCGGUUCAAGCUUUCUUCAUCCGUAGACACAAUUGACACUUUGGCUUGGCUGUCGCUCGUCGGUGGUGCUGACCGAAUCCGAUGCAAAUCGCAAGUUUUUGCGUUAUUAAAGUGAGUCGGCGCUAGUUGAAUCGAAUCGCGGAAGAUCGCUGGCUAAGCAUGACUAAGAAGGUCAUCAUAACCGACCGAGAGCUCUACCCAAGUCAUCAGAUUCCAGAAGACUCCGAGCUCGACUACCGGGAACAAUUUCCGGACCUUCGCCCGCUACUGCAGCGCCAAUUCCGAGGCAUCUGGACCCGCGAGAAUGCCCUCCGACGCUUCCCGUUUCUCGUGUGGAGUCCACAGUACAACCUCAGGAAGUUCGCCUCGGAUGCGAUAGCCGGCAUAACGGUCGGCCUAACGUCGAUCCCGCAGAGCAUUGCGUACGCUGUAGUAGCCAAUCUGGAGCCCCAGUAUGGGCUGUAUUCGAACUUUAUGGGAUCGUUCGUGUACGCCUUCUUCGGAAGUGUCAAGGAAAUCACGAUCGCUCCAACCGCCAUCAUGGCUCUGAUGGUUCAGCACAUUGUACUGGAGCUGGGACCGGCCGGGGCAGUGCUGUCCUCAUUUGUGUCCGGAUGUAUUGCUCUGCUGUUGGGAUUGCUCAACUUUGGAUUCGUAGUUCAGUUCAUAUCGAUGCCAGUCAUCACCGGGUUCAUUACGGCGGCCGCGCUCACCAUCAUGAGCAGUCAGAUGAAGUCGCUGAUGGGAAUUUCCAGUGCCGGGCGAUCUAGUGGGUUCCUCGACUCAUGGACGAAUGUUGUCGAGAAUGCUGGACAGACGCGGCUGUGGGACGCCAUGCUGGGGUUCGGGUCGUUGGCGAUUUUGAUUUUUCUGACCCUCAUCAAAGGUCGAGGAUCCGGUCGGUGGCGAACUGCCACAAAAUACCUAUGUCUCCUGCGAAACGCCCUGAUCGUCAUCAGUGGAGGCACCCUAGCGUUCGCGUUUGCCUGUCAAGAUCAGUACCCAUUCCGGUUAACUGGAAAAGUAGCUUCCGGGUUCCCGCCAAUCGAGCCACCUCCAUUCUCAACCACAUUCAAAGACGAAUUCUACGACUUUCCUCGAAUGCUUCGAAUCCUCGGAUCAUCGGUGAUCACCAUUCCGCUGAUUUCGAUCCUGGAGGUCGUCUCAAUUGGGAAGGCCUUCUCCAAAGGUAAUCCCGUUGAUGCUACUCAGGAAAUGAUCGCCCUGGGGUUGUGCAACGUAGCCGGAUCGUUUACUGCAUCCAUUCCGACGACGGCGUCAUUUGCGAGGACCGCGAUCAACAGCAGUUCUGGAGUGAAGACCCCGUUCGGUGGGGUGUUUACGGGGUUGUUGGUCCUCUCGGCAUUGGGACUGCUAACGGAGUACUUCUACUUCAUACCGAAAGCGACACUGGCAGCGGUGAUUAUCGCUGCGAUGGUGUUCAUGAUCGAGUACCGGGCCGUUGCGGAAAUGUGGCGAAUCAAGCGAAUCGAUAUCGUUCCGUUUCUGGUGACGGUGGUAGCUUGCCUGUUCAUUGGACUGGAGUAUGGUAUUCUCAUCGGAAUCUGUGUGAAUCUGUGCUUCCUUUUGUACCUGAUAUCCAGACCGAGGAUUGAACAUCGGGUUAUGAAGAUCAAUCACGUGAACGCACUGGUGCUGAGACCGACAAACGAUCUGGCCUUCUCAUCGGCGGAGUACUUCCGGGAAAAGAUCCUCAGCAUGGCCGGCAAUCACGAAGCGAACGUGGUGGUGAUCGAUGGCGAAAUGAUCAAGUACAUCGAUUCGACGGUGGUGAAGAAUAUCUCCAGCACGGUGGACGAGCUACGACUGCAAGGAAGGCACGUGCUGCUGUGGCGGUGGAACCGGGAAGUGCAGUGUUCUUUGUAUAGGUACAAAAAGGAUCAAUUUUUGCCACUUUUCAGGGCUGACGAUAAUGUCGAGGAAGUGGUUCAAAAGUGGAAAGGGGCUACUUUUGGCGAAGGUUGUGUGUGAGAAACUUAAUAAACAAUGUGA